AUGCCACGAGCUAAGCGGGCCAAGGUUGUGUCCCUGACGCGAACGGACAAAAAGACGAAAGAAGACAAAGCCAAUCUGAUCGACAAAGUUCGUGAUGCGGCUCAAGAAUACCCUUACGUUUGGAUCCUCGGUCACCACUCGAUGCGCAACAACUACCUCAAAGAGGUUCGCGAUCUCUGGAAGGGAAGCAAGAUCUUUUUUGGCAAACUCAAAGUGCUCGCCCUCGCACUCGGAAUGACAGAGGAGGAGGAAGUAAGGACAGGUAUUAGUGGUAUCAGCCAACGUCUUUCGGGCGAUGUGGGCCUGCUGUUCACCGAGUCGCCGCCCGCUGAGGUGAUUGACUGGUUCAAGGACUACCAGCGAGUCGAUUUUGCAAGAGGAGGAAGCAAGGCAACUGAAACCAUCGAGUUGCCAGAAGGACCUGUCAUGGCUCGUUCCAACCCCCCCGAUACGCUCCCGCACCCGGUCGAACCGCAAUUGCGACAAUUGGGAAUGCCCACCGAGCUGAGACGCGGUAUUCCUACGUUGCUCCAGAACUACGUCGUGUGCAAGGAGGGUCAGACGCUUACGUCGAAUCAAGCACAGAUCCUCAAGCACAUUCUUGUUCACAUGGCUGCUUUCCGAUUAAUCCCCUUGGCGUACUGGAGCGCAGCGGAUGCAGAAGAGGAAAAGGGAGAACGUGGUGUUCAUCUCAUCGAUCUUUCCGAACAUGAUCAACAGCUCGUAGGCAACCAGGCUGGAAAGCUGCGUGCACCUAGCGACAACGGUUGGUCAAGAGACCGCAAGGGUGACGGCGCCGCUAAGAAGUCGAACGGAAAGGACCAAGACAGCGAUGCCGAUCAAGAUAUGGAGGAAGACGACAAUGAUGACGAGGAUGACGAGGAUGACGACAGCCAGGACGCCGAAGACGCUGUCACAAAAGACAUGAUGAUGCCUGACGGCCUUUAA